GAUGUCGAUGACCAAUCUAAUAAUUCAAAGUGGUUUUGAUUGAGUAUAACAUUACGCAUUAUUUUCUAACAUCGUAAUGCGCAUUAUUAUACGCAAGAGAGCUACAAUAGUAACCGAGUAUUCAAGACAUAAUAAGAAUAUUCGCAUUCACUUAAUAUACACGUGUAUAUAAGAAAAAUAAAAAAGAAAGAAAAAACAAAUUGCGAACAAACACGCGUUUUUCACGAAUAAAACUAGAGAUUUCCGGCGCGGGAAGGGCGACGGAAAUUGACGGAAGCGCGACGGAAACGAGCGAACUCUCGUCGCUCCGGCGACAUUGGACGACAUUGUCAAUGAGUAGUGACUGGUGGACCUUUUUAUCAUCGAACGAUUUUCGCUGAUUUGCGAGGUACGCACAUUUCUUGCGGCCAGUCCGGCGAAUUUCACAUCUCAUCCAUAUCGAGCGACAUUCGACAUUACGUCCGUGUGCGCAUUACGCACCAUAAUGACGCACGCACAAUCGUAACCAAGCGCGAUAAAUCCGACGAAUCGACAAACCUUCACCGAUUGAUCCGACUAGCCUCAGGAUUUAUGCGAGAAGAUGCCGCCGACGAUGCCGCCUGAUUCCCAUCAAAUUUCACUAAAGAUCAUAGAAGCUAUCAAGCAGCACCCGGUGCUAUAUUGCACCGAAGUGAAAGGCUUGUCGAUUAAACUGCAAGAAUUCAAGCAAAAAGUUUGGAAGCGCAUCUCGGAUGAGCUUGGACUAGAUCCAAUGUGGGUGAGAUUGAAAUGGAAAAAUCUUAGAGACACCUAUUGUCGCAUCUUGAAAUAUAAGAAUAAAACAGAAGAAGGUGUCAGAAGGAAAAAAUGGAUCUUUGAAGAUCAUUUAAAUUUUUUAAAAUUUCCGUACGAGAUGGAUUAUCAGCCGCAAUGUGUAGAACUGACUAAGGAAUAUAUACAAGACAUAAACUCGAGUGAAAUAAGUUCUGAAGGUUUGCUGGAACAAUUGGAGGACCGAAAUGAUGAGGAUUAUAGUGAAUAUUUAGAGAUUAUAGAUGACACAGCAACUGAUCCAGUUGUUGUGGAAUCUGAGGCAGUAGAAACAUUGGACAACAAUGAUGUGCAAUUAGAUACUCAGAAUAUAGUGGUUGAACAAGACAUGACACAGCAGGACAUUGAUAGUUAUGUCCAACAGAUACAGUCAAAGUAUCGAAAGAUACGUCCAAAACGAAUGAAGGUGGACCAUCCUCCAUCUACCUCAAAAUCUAGCUCCUAUAAUAUAAUAAAAAACCCUUCCUUUAAAGCCAAUAAUGCAAAUACACUUGAUACUGGUUCAGUGUUUAGCCCUAUUUUUAUAACUAGCCCAUUAACGCCAAGCACACUUACCUCGCCCGUAAAAGGAUCGAGCAAUGCGAAGGAUAAUGAUGUCACCAAUUUCGAACAAGUUUACUUGGCACCCGAGAGUAAGAGUAGUAUAGAACUAUUUUUCGACAGUAUGGCGCAGACAGUGAAGAAGUUGCCGCCAAAAGCACAGGCCGAUAUCAAGAUGAAUAUCUGCAAAAUUGUUACAGAGACGGAAGUGCGGUAUUCUGGCCAGAACAAGCCACAAAGUACACAACAAUUUAUAGCACCGCCUGGCAUGAUACCUAAGCUAGUAUUAAUACCUUGUAACAUGAUAGAUAAUCAAAAUGUUAAAGAUUGAUUCAUUUUUGUGAAUUGCAAUAUGGGUAAUGUUAUCAGAUUUGGUAAAUUGAUUAUGAUUGUUUUGAUUGAUAAUUAGAAAUUGCCUUAAUUUUACUUUGUAUGGAUAUAAAUAAUGAUAUUAAACACAUGUCAGCUGUAUAUACGUUCAAUUGUAUACAUUCAAUUAUAUACAAUGUAUGUACACUAA